GUUUUUUUUUUGUGAAUUUGGGUGUUGAUGAUGUGCCGGGGUUGCAAGCAGCCAAGACUUUUGCGAGAUCCAUUGGUGCAUCCAGCAUGACGUGGGUGAAGUUUUUGUAUUUAAGACUUGAUUGAACGUCAAUUUCGAUGCCUGGCACACGUUAAUCCCGAUUACAGGACUGUGCCAUUCUCAGUCUGCGCCGCUUAUCUACCUAGGUACUCUGUCGCAAGUAAAUGAUGGCUACAAACACCUCCACUGAGCUCCAGGAGCUCCCGCCACAUCAGCAGUUUGCGAACGAAGCGAACCAGAAUGGCGUCAAUGGCAUCAAUGGAGAUGCCAAUGAUGGCUGGGGAAAAGGUGUCCGCCUCGGGGACAAUGUAAUGAAGAACGGAACCCCGCCCGGCGAUAACCCAUCACGCAUAAGCAGCGAAUCGCUGGCCGAACGGGACCAGGAUCUCCCGCAUCCCACGACGACUACUGAAGUGCUGCAGCGUUGGAACCACCCGCGCAGCAACAUUGCGCGCCUCGCGGCCGCCUUUUGGGCCUUCAUCGUUGCGGGCGCCAACGACGCCGCAUACGGCCCUCUUAUCCCUUACCUGGAGGAGUACUACAACCUGAGCUACCUCGUCGUGUCGCUUGUGUUCCUGUCGCCCUUUAUCGGCUACACCUUGUCGGCGCUCUGCAACAACUAUGUGCACUUGUGGUGGGGCCAGCGUGGCGUCGCGCUCAUCUCCCCCUCGGCACACCUGGCCGCCUACAUCAUCAUCGCCUGCCACCCGCCGUACCCGGUGCUGGUCGUUGCCUUCAGCCUGGCCGGGUUCGGCAACGGGCUCGUCGACGCGGCCUGGAACGCCUGGAUCGGUAACAUGGCGCGCGCCGACGAGAUCCUGGGCUUUUUGCACGGCUUCUACGGCGUCGGCGCCGUCGUCUCCCCCUUGAUCGCCACCAGCAUGAUCACCCGCCUCGGUCAGCCCUGGUGGGCAUACUACUACCUCAUGAUCGGGCUCGCGGGGAUCGAGCUGGUCACGUCGGCGGCCGCGUUUUGGCCCCAGAACGCACAGGCGUACCGCGACUCGCUCUCGCGCAGCGCCGGCGUCGGGGAGCCGCAGAAGGGUGCGCUGCGGGAGGUGCUGUUCAAGAAGGGCUACGCGAGGGUGGCUUGGCUGAUUUCCAUUUUCCUCUUGUGCUAUGUCGGCGCAGAGGUUGCGAUUGGCGGCUGGAUCGUCAAGUUCAUGAUGGAGAUUCGGAAUGCGCCGGGAUUCGAGAGCGGAAUGUCUGCUAUGGGUUUCUGGCUGGGGCUGGUUGUUGGAAGGGUUAUUCUGGGCUUCGUGACGCCAAAGCUGGGAGUCAAGUUGGCCGUGACAAUUUACCUCAUCCCAGUCAUGGCGUUGCAGCUCGUCUUUUGGCUGGUGCCGCAGUUCUACGUCUCGGUUGUGGCUGUCGCGCUGCAGGGUUUCUUCAUUGGCCCGCUAUUCCCGGCAGCAAUUGUGGUGGCGACCAAGCUGCUGCCGAAGCAUUUGCACGUGAGCGCCAUUGGAUUCGCAGCUGCGUUUGGCGGCUCUGGUGCCGCGGUGCUCCCGUUUGCCAUCGGAGCCAUUGCACAGGCCAAGGGCGUUUGGGUUUUGCAGCCCAUCAUCCUUGCACUUUUUGCUGUCCUGCUACUGCUGUGGCUCUGCCUGCCCAGGUUGAACAAGAAGAGGGACUGAGAAAUGUGCCGGAGAAACUGAAAUCGUACCAAUAGGGGCUGAUUGGUUUUCCUUCUUUUAUUGAUUGAUGGUGCAGGUACGGUACCGUGUUUUUUGAACGUGGUAAACUCGUAUUUCUGGAGCAGACGUGGCACUCAUUUGUUUGCUCGAAAUUGUUUCAAUGUUUUUGUUGUCACAUCGCUCGGGGCUGUGUGAUGGAGACAUUGCGCGUGAGUAAGGUGCAAGUUGCAUCCAGUGACAAAUCCACCAGUUUCGCUAGCAUUGCAGUCAAGGGUAUCAGGAGGCCUACAUUUCUCCUGAAAAGAGCUGGGCAGGUUUGAUAAAUCGCCUGCAGACCUCUGUAAUUUAAUCAGUCGCAAUAACACUUGGAACCUUCGCAGUCGGCCGAUUGAAUCGGAAAACAAUCUCUUGGAAAACCUUGUUGGUGAUUCCAACAGCUGC